UCCCGGCCACUAGGAGGAACAAGGAGGGCUCCUUGUCUGGACCUGGUGUGGAGAAGGAAAGAGGUCCGCAUCCCAACACAGGACGGGACAAACCCAAGCCGCCGCGGGAGGGGAACACUUUCACUUUGACUUUCGAAGACUUUCUUUACAUGGAGGGCAAGAAAUGACAUCGUCAGCGUGCGAAAGGAGGGCGUUUGCUCAUAAAAUCAACCGGACGAUCGCAGCGGAGGUCAGAAAACAAGUGACCAGAGAUUAUGGCUCACCUCAGCUGUCUAAGAAACGAGGAGGAGCUCAUCACCCUUUGCCUCUGACGGAGGUGGUUGAACCAGUGGACUUUGAAGAAUAUGUGAGCAGUCACGCUCCGGGGGUCGAGGCCGGCCCCCUCAGACAGCUGAUGGAGUUUCCCCAGGACGACCUGGAGCUCCUUCCGCUGGACAAAGAGUGCACUACACUGGAGCCGCCUCUGCCUGAGGAGGAGGAGGACUCACUAGAUCCCAGAGUGAGAGAUGCCCUGGCUGUCUACACAGAUGACUGGCUUGUCAUACAUAGAAAAUUUCAGCACUACAGCACCAUCUACACCCCUCAAAACUCUGAGCGCCAGAGAGAGAGGCAGCGAGGGCUGGUCAAACAGACCUUUGAACUGGACGAGGCUGCUGCGCACGAUCGCCAGGACGACCAGGAUGACUCGAAGCGGAGGUCUGUUAGCCUCGAUGAGACCCCCCGAGGCAGCUGGGCUUCCAGCAUAUUUGACCUGAAGAACUCCUCCCCGGAUGUGUUGCUCCCGUCCGUGCUGGAGCGGACAGCUGCAGAGGAUAUGGACCGGAACAACACAGAGGCACGGUCUCAGGAGCGCCACAGUGACCUGCUGGGCCUCUACCCUCCCCCUGAUGAGGAUGAAGCAGUGGAGAGAUGUCCUCUCCCAGAGGUGCCCAAAGAACACUGCGGCCAGAGGAUUAUGGUCAAGUGUUUGUCGCUAAAAUUUGAGAUUGAAAUUGAGCCAAUAUUUGGAUCACUUGCUCUUUAUGACGUUAAGGAAAAGAAAAAGAUCUCAGAGAAUUUUUACUUCGACCUGAACUCGGAUCAGAUGAAAGGGCUGCUGAAACCUCACACACCUCACAUAGUUAUAUCCACGCUGGCUCGUUCCGCAAUUUUCUCCAUCACAUACCCUUCUCCAGAUAUCUUCUUGGUCAUUAAGCUUGAAAAAGUUCUUCAGCAGGGAGACAUUGGUGAAUGCUGUGAACCCUACAUGGUCAUGAAAGAGUCGGACUCCUCAAAGCACAAGGAGAAGCUGGAGAAGCUCCGCCUCCAGGCAGAGCAGGCGUGCUCUCGUCUUGGACGUUUCCGCAUGCCUUUUGCCUGGACAGCCAUUCACCUCCUCAACAUCGUCAGCAGCGUUGGCGGUCUCGAUCGGUCUGACCCAGACUCUGACUCUGAACGAAAGAGCCAUGGGACCUGGAAUGAGAGAAAGAAGAAGGGAUUUGAGAGGAUGAGUGUUGGGGAGGAGAUGUGUAACUUUGCCACUUUCCGCCCAGCAACGCUCACCGUCACCAACUUCUUUAAACAGGAGGGGGAUAGACUGAGUGAUGAGGACCUCUACAAGUUUUUGGCAGACAUGCGCCGGCCGUCCUCUGUUCUGCGACGGCUGAGGCCUGUCACUGCUCAGUUGAAAAUUGACAUCUCUCCAGCACCAGACUCGCCACAUUACUGCCUCUCACCAGAACUCCUUCACGUGAAACCUUAUCCGGACCUGCGCGUCCGGCCCACCAAAGAGGUGCUGGAGUUCCCUGCUCGUAAUGUGUACACGCCGCACACCACGUACAGGAACCUGCUCUAUGUGUACCCGCAAAGUCUGAACUUCAGCAGCCGCCAGGGCUCAGUCAGGAACAUUGCCGUGAAAGUUCAGUUCAUGGCAGGAGAAGAUCCCAGCCAAGCUUUACCGGUCAUCUUCGGAAAGUCAAGUUGUGCCGAGUUCAUGAAAGAAGCAUACACUCCCAUCAUCUAUCAUAACAAGUCCCCUGAGUUCUAUGAGGAGAUGAAGAUGAAGAUUCCUGCCAAUUUGACAGACAACCAUCAUCUGCUGUUCACCUUCUACCACAUCAGCUGCCAACCCAAGCAGAACACUCCUCUGGAGACCCCCGUGGGCUACACUUGGAUACCUUUGAUGCAGCACGGCCGACUGCGCACCGGCUUCUUCAAUCUCCCUGUGUCUGUGGAAAAGCCUCCACCCAGCUACUCGGUGCUCACACCCGAUGUUCAGCUUCCAGGCAUGAAGUGGGUGGAUAAUCACAAAGGAGUUUUCAAUGUCGAGGUGACAGCAACCUCCUCUGUUCACACUCAGGACCCAUACUUGGACAAGUUCUUUACUCUGGUGUAUGUUCUCGAGGAGUACUCCUUCCCGUUCCGACUGAAGGAUGUGAUUAUUACCGAAGCAAACAUGGAAGGCGAGCUGAAGGCCAGCAUCUCAGCGCUGAGAGGGUCUCAUUGUUGUUUGCAUCAGCUGCUCAACAAGCUCAUUCAGCUAAUCGUGUACCCGCCAGUCAUUGCAGGCCAAAUUGUGAACCUCGGCCGGACUGCUUUUGAAGCUAUGGCACUGUUGGUUAACCAGAUCCACAAAAACCUGGAGGGAAACCAAGACCAGCACGGUCGCAACAACCUGCUGGCGUCCUACGUCCAUUACGUUUUCCGCCUGCCGACUGCUGAACCUGUCAUGCCUCCAGCAGGCGUCCAUCCCUAUGAGAUGCCGGUGCAGUAUGCUACCUUAUCCAGGGCGACAGGCCGCCCAAGCAGCCUGCAUCUGUCCCGCUCAAAGAGCAUCAGCAACUCCAACCCUGAUCUGGCUAGCACACCAAUUUCCCCAGAUGAGGAAGUCCAAAGGAUCAUAGGAAGCAAGGGCAUUGACCGCUCGCACUCCUGGGUAAACUCUGCUUAUGCCCCUGGGGGCUCCAGAUCUGUGCUACGCCGGAACCCCAACUCCAGCUGCGAGCUCAAGCAGUUGCUCCAUGAGGAGCUGGCGCUGCAGUGGGUGGUCAGCACCAGCGCAGUGAGGGAUGCAACACUGCAGCAGGCUUGGUUUUUCUUCCAAUUGAUGACCAAGAGCAUGGCUCAUCACUUAUUCCUGACCUCUAAACUGGAUUCUCCCAGGCGACAGCGCUACCCAGACCGCUUUGUUGACGACAUUGCAGCACUGGUGUGUGCCAUCAGUGCAGACAUUGCAGGCAGACAUCACAAGGAUGUGGAGGUUGUAGAGAGGCUGAACAACAGUCUGGCCUUCUUCCUUAAUGAUCUGCUGUCUCUGAUGGACCGGGGUUUUGUCUUCAACCUCAUUCGUUCCUACUACAAACAGAUCGCUAACAAGCUCCACACGACACAGAAUCCCAGCUCUCUGAAUGCCUUAAGGAUGGACUUUAUGCGUAUUGUCUGCAGCCAUGAGCAUUAUGUCACCCUCAACUUGCCCUGCUCAACUCUGAGCCCUCCAGCAUCCCCCUCCCCUUCUACCUCAUCCACCACUUCACAGAGCUCAGCAUUUUCAAGCAUGGUGCAAGACCAGGGUGUGGCCACCAUGUUUGAGCUGUCGGUCCCUUUCCGCCAGCAGCACUUCCUGUCUGGCCUGCUGCUCACUGAACUCGCUCUUAUUCUUGAUCCUGAUGGUGAAGGGGUUUUCUUCCUUCAUAAAAAGGCCAUCAGUGCCGUUCACUCGCUGCUGUGCAGCCAUGAUGCGGACCCUCGUUACCAGGACCCUCAGGUUAGGGCGCAUGUUGCUCAGCUCUACCUGCCCCUGCUGCCCAUUGUCAUGGAGGCGCUGCAUCAGCUCCACGAUUUCUGUGAUUCCUCGCUUUCUCGCGCUCGCCUUUCCUCUGCCUACUUUGAAGACACCGACCCAGACAGUGGCAACAUUAUCAACCAGUCUGUUGCCAUGGCGAUCGCUGGCUCCCCUUUACCGCAUGCCAAAGCCAACCCAUUUACUCUCCCCUCUGUGGCCGGGCGCCAGACCAGCUCUCUGUCUGCCGAGUGCAGCCGGACUCUGCUGGUGUGCUUCCUGUGGGUACUGAAGAACGCAGACGCUUCCCUACUGGAGCGCUGGGUGUCGGACUUAUCUGUCCUGCAGAUCAACCGCUUGUUGGAUCUACUUCAUCUGUGUGUGUCCUGUUUUGAAUACAAGGGGAGGAAAGCGCUGGAAAGAAUAAACAGCCUGACAUUUAAAAAGUCUCAGGACAUGAAAGCCCGACUGGAGGAAGCCAUUCUGGGAACUAUAGGGGCUCGUCAAGAGAUGGUCCGCCGCUGCAGAGAAAGGAGUCCUUAUGGUAGCCAGGAAAAUGUCAGGUGGAAAAAGAAUGUCACCCACUGGAGACAAAAUACAGACAGAGUUGACAAGAGUAAGGCUGAGAUGGAGCAGGAGUCUGUGGUGGAUGGAAACUUAGCUACUGAGGUGUCCCUCAUAGUACUGGACACACUGGAAAUUAUAGUCAAGACUGUGGUUGCUUCUGAACUGAAGGAGAGCGUUCUUGGUGGAGUCCUGCGAGUGAUUCUUCACAGCAUGGCAGGCAACCAGAGCGCCCUCUUUCUGCAGCAUUGCUUUACUACACAGAGAGCACUGGUUUUCAAGUUUCCAGAGAUGCUGUUUGAAGAGGACACUGAGCUUUGCGCAGACCUUUGUUUGCGUCUCCUCCGUCACUGCAGCAGCAGCGUCGGCUCCGUCAGGAGCCAGGCCUCCGCCUCUCUUUAUCUCCUCAUGAGGCAGAACUUUGAGAUCGGAAAUAACUUUGCGCGAGUGAAGAUGCAGGUCACCAUGUCUCUGUCCUCUUUGGUGGGAACAUCACAGAACUUCAACGAAGAGCAUCUUCGUCGGUCAUUAAAGACGAUUUUGACAUAUGCUGAGGAGGACCUAGAGCUGCGUGAAACGCCUUUCCCAGAGCAGGUUCAGGAUCUGGUGUUCAACCUCCACAUGAUUCUUACCGACACUGUGAAAAUGAAAGAGCAUCAGGAGGAUCCUGAAAUGCUCAUUGACCUGAUGUACAGGAUCGCCAAAGGCUACCAGAACUCGCCUGACCUGCGCCUCACAUGGCUGCAGAAUAUGGCAGGAAAACACUCUGAGAGAGGGAACCACGCCGAGGCGGCCCACUGCCUCGUUCACAGCGCAGCGCUGGUGGCAGAGUAUCUCAACAUGCUGGAGGACUGCCGCUACCUGCCCAUCGGUUGUGUAACAUUUCAGAAUAUCUCCUCCAACGUGUUGGAGGAGUCAGCAGUUUCAGAUGACGUUCUGUCCCCUGAGGAGGAAGGCAUUUGUGCUGGGAAGUAUUUCAGUGAGGCCGGCCUGGUGGGCCUCCUGGAGCAAGCAGCUGCCUCUUUUAACAUGGCUGCCAUGUAUGCUAUAAACGAAGUGUACAAGAUUCUGUUACCCAUCGAAGCCAACAGAGACUUCAAAAAGUUGGCAACUGUCCACGGGAAGCUGCAGGAGGCCUUCAACAAAGUCUACAACCCAAGUUCAGGAUGGGAGAGAAUGUUUGGGACCUAUUUCCGAGUUGGUUUCUAUGGCUGCCACUUUGGAGAUUUGGAUGAGCAGGAGUUUGUCUACAAAGAGCCUUCAAUCACCAAAUUAGCUGAAAUCUCCUACAGGCUUGAGGAGUUCUACUCAGAAAGAUUUGAGGAUGACGUGGUUGAAAUUAUCAAGGAUUCUAGUCCAGUCGACAAAAGCAAACUGGAUCCCAACAAGGCUUACCUCCAGAUCACCUACGUCGAGCCUUACUUUGACACAUACGAGUUGAAGGAAAGAAUCACCUAUUUUGACAAGAACUACAACCUACGAACCUUCAUGUACUGCACUCCCUUCACUCUGGACGGCCGGGCACACGGCGACCUGCAUGAGCAGUACAAGCGCAAAACGAUCCUGACAACGUCUCAUGCCUUCCCUUACAUAAAGACACGCGUCAACGUCAUCCACAAGGAGGAGAUUAUCCUUGUUCCAAUAGAGGUGGCGAUUGAAGACAUGCAAAAGAAGACUCAGGAGCUCGCCUGCACAAAUCAAGACCCGGCGGACGACCCUAAGAUGCUUCAAAUGGUGCUGCAACUGUGCGUGGGAACCACUGUCAACCAGGGUCCCCUUGAGGUGGCGCAGGUCUUUCUCUCUGACAUUCCAGAGGACCCAAAGCUGUUUCGCCAUCACAACAAACUGCGGCUUUGCUUUAAAGACUUCACCAAGAGGUGUGAGGACGCCCUGAGGAAGAAUAAGAGCCUGAUUGGGCCAGACCAGAGAGAGUAUCACCGAGAGCUGGAGAGGAACUACCACAAACUAAAAGAAGCUCUGGGUCCUCUCAUCACCCGCAAAAUCCUCCAGCUGUACAGACCCCUGCCCGUGCAGACUGUGCAAACACAACGGAAUUCCUAUGGCAGAUCGAGUUUUCGCAAAAUUGACUGAUGAGGCGCAGAAAACUGGACAGCAACUCAAAGCAACAAGUUGUAGAAACGAGCACCAUCUUCUCCCAUCUGUCCUUCCCUCCCUCCCCCACCCUGUUGUGCGCCAACUAUCACCAUACACACGCAAUCAUUGCUCAUCUUGGUUGUUAUUUUAUCCCCAUCCAUAUGCUCGUUCCUUAACCCCCUUCUCCCAGUAUAACACCACUUCUGCUACCAUCCACACACUGAAAGAUGUCACCUCUUUUUCCCUUCUGUACCAUCCUCCCCCUCCGCCAUCACUACAGGCUCACACCACUGUAGGAAAAAAUCUCGUGUGUUUAUACUUGAAGGUUAUCUGCUUAGUAAACAUUGUCAUUUGGUGUGAGGUUCUUUAAGAGGUCUGCGUUUAAAGAAAGCUGUCUAAAGUAAUCUCCCAGACCCAAAGUAAUCUGUCUGAGCUGAUCUGGCUCUAGUGGUUCUACCAAACAUUAUGUUUCUGAGUUGCUUAAGGUUUCUCGGUUUUGCUUUAGAGAGAGUGUCAGUGGGCUGCCUUUUGUCAGGCCUUUUUUUAAAAUUUGCUAGGUUAUUCUAAUCCAGCUCUGUUAGUAGUCACUGCCAAAGUUUUAAACAAAAAAAAAAAGUCAC